AUGGCUACUCGUGCUAGGCAGGCGGCCGGAAAGGCCUCUGAGAUUCCCAGCGCUUGCAUUUCUCGGAUUUCCAGACGCACAUUCAGCUUUUCUUUUGAUCCCUGCACCGAGAGUAGGGUUCUCGUUUUGUACACCGGUGGUACGAUUGGAAUGGUUCGAAACGGCAAUGGAGCAUUAGCACCAACGGCAAAUGCACUCGUGCACUCACUGCGCCGCUACCCUGAUCUACACGAUGAGUCGUACGCACAAGCAAAGUUCAAAUCUGAUGCUACCGAUGCCCCUCUGGCGCUACCACACAUCGAAGGAAAGCGACGGGUCAUCUACUCCAUCCUGGAGUACGAUCCUUUGCUGGACUCCAGCAACAUGACCAUGGAAGACUGGAGCAAAAUGGCCGAGGACAUCAAGCGAUUUUACACCCUUUUCGACGGCUUUGUCGUCCUCCACGGCACGGACACACUCGCCUUUUCCGCGUCAGCGUUGUCCUUCAUGCUGGAAAAUCUGUCCAAGCCGGUGAUCAUCACUGGGUCGCAAAUUCCAAUGGUUGAUGCACGGAGCGACGGCAAAAGCAAUUUUCUCUCCGCACUGGUUCUGGCUGGUAACUGCGAGAUUCCCGAAGUCACCGUUUUCUUUGGAGACGUUCUGCUCAGAGGAAACAGGACUGUCAAGGCCAGUGUCGGUUCACUGAGGGCUUUCGCCUCGCCCAACUGCAGACCCCUGGCCACCGUUGGAGUUAAAAUUGAAGUUGAUUUCAAAAUCAUCAUCCGUCCUGCGAGGAUUGACAGCUUCUCGGUGCACUCGACCCUAAACAGAAACGUCGGUUUGCUUCGCCUCUUCCCCGGCAUCACAACCCAGAUGGUCCGCGCAUUCCUGCAGCCCCCCCUGGAGGGCGCCGUCCUGCAGUCCUUCGGCGCCGGAAACGUCCCUUCCAAUCGAGAAGACCUGCUCAGCGAAUUCAAAGCCGCCACCUCUCGCGGCGUGGUGCUGGUCAACUGCACGCAGUGCCAGCAGGGACUUGUCAUGAACGUCUAUGAGACGGGAAAGGCACUCACUGAGGUCGGGGUCACCAACGGAUCGGAUAUGACCCCCGAGGCGGCGCUGACCAAGUUGGCCUACGUCCUGUCAAAGAGCGAGUGGGACAUCGGCACCAAGCGCCAAAUGAUGCAGAGCUGUCUCAGAGGAGAACUGACAGUGCCCAAAGCAAAUAAUUACAACGGGAACCAUGCAAAACAGGAGGACGAGAUCGAUAGUGAAUUAAUGGCAGCCCGACUGUGCGCGGCCGUGGCCAGCAAGGACGUCGCCAGGGUCGAGGAGCUGCUGGAGAGUGGCGCUGAAAUCAACAGCGCGACGCUCGGCGACAGACGCACGGCGCUGCACGUGGCGAAUGCCGAGGGCGACGCCGGCAUCGUGCGACACCUUCUGCUGGCAGGAGCGUCGCUGGACGUGCUGGACAGACACGGCCGGUCACCCCUGAUGGACGCGGUCGCCUUCGACCACCACGAAACUAUCUCGGUGAUGCGCUCGUUCGGCGCCUCGCUGCAGUCCGGCCACUACGGCACCGAAAUUUGCGAGGCAGCUGCCAGGGGUGACGUGGUGAGACUCAAGUCAUACAAACUGGCCGGUGCAGACCUCUCGCAAACGGACCCGAGCGGAAGGACACCUCUCCACUUGGCUGCACUCUUUGCUCGUUUGCAGUGCGUUUCGCUGCUGCUAGAGGCUAAGGUUACGCACGACCCAAUGGACGCUUUGGGCGACACACCGUCGGACCUGGCAGCACGAAGAAAUUAUGGAGCCGUCCUUACCAUGAUAGAAGGAGCCGAGUGAUCAAGUGAAAUAUCCAAAGACUUAUUAACACGGUGUCAAAAUUUUGUGUAUUUUUAUUAGAGG